CAUAAACGUAGGGCCUCAAAAUACGUUUGUUUCAUGUCACCUCGGCCUCGUGAUGCCGCAGUCUACUCGAGUUUGCAGAUUCUAGAAUGGACACGAUGGAGAAGUCUGAGUUUAUUAAGGUCCGUGGAAGGAAUUUUGUUUGUCAGCUGUGUGACAUUAAAAUCACUUCAGAGAAAGCAGUCGAUGAUCACCUGACAGGGAAGAAACAUCAGCGCCUGCUAAGUCUCCGAGUCAGCCGCCAACAGCAAGUACAAAGAAGUAUCUUUGUUGGAGGUUUGAGUCGGGUGAAUGGGGAACCGGAGUUGGGAGACUACUUUUCAAAGUUUGGAGAAGUGACGCAAGUUAUCAUCGACAAAGAAAAGGCUCACUAUGCAAUAGUGGAGUUCACCAGCCCAGAAUCGGCCAAGAAAGCCACCGAGGUGGAGAAACAGCUCAUGAAUGGCCUCAAGAUUGUGGUCCGGCCUAGGCUGCCAAAAAAUACCCAGCCACAGACCAUGGGAAGCGGCCCAUCAAGGAAUAGACAGACAAGCAAGGGGACAAGUCAGGGGAUUGGACAGACCAGGCAGCCAGAGCCUGAAUUGGAUGAAAGACUGCGGCGGACACUACAGCAAGCAAAAACAGUACCUGAGCAGAUGUCUGUCCUCGUUCAGCUUUCAGCCCUAUCCCAGGCAGACCAGAGACUGCGUGGUCUGAUCUGCGACCUCCUGCAGGGCGUCUUGGAGGAGUUGCUCCCGGGCUGUCGCGUCGCCCCCUUUGGCUCCUCCACCAACGGGUUCGGGGUGCAAGGGUGUGAUCUGGACGUCCACCUUGAGGUGAGCGAGCUUGCACCGGGUGAGAUGGGAGAGAGGUCCUCACUGGCAAGAGCAGCUGAAGAGAGCCCGUCCAGUCCCAGGGAUGACCACACCCUUUUGGACAUCACUUCAGCCACACCACUCGACAUACUCACCCUGGUCAGCGAUGUCAUCAAGCGUUGCGUGCCCAGCUGUCACAAUGUCCAUGUCAUUCCCAGCGCGAGGCUGCCAGUGGUCAAGCUUACCCAUAAGGAGUCUGGAGUGCAGUGCGAUAUCUCAAUAAACAACAGGCUAGCUCUGCAAAAUACCAAACUCCUCCAGUUCUACAGCCAGCUGGGUCCCCAAGUGCGCCCUCUUGUGUUCACCAUCCGCCACUGGGCCAAACUCCGCCAGCUGGCUGGGAACGUUGGCGCGGGACCUCGCCUAACCAACUACGCCCUGACGUUGAUGGUGCUGUUUUUUCUCCAGGCCAAGGACGAGCCUGUGAUUCCCAGUGUGGCCGAGCUACACCAGACUGGGGAUGGCUGGGAUAGUGUGUUUUCCAUUAAAGAGGCUACAUCAACAGCCAAACCUUUGCAGACUCAAGGUGAUCUUCUCACAGGAUUCUUCAGCUUCUACAGCAGAUUUGAUUUCACCACCUCUGUCAUCUGCCCUCUCUCGGGAAAGACAGCUUCCCUCUCGGAAGUCUUAAAGGGGGGUCGGGAUGAUUCCGGGAGAAGCUUCAAGGCAGGGGCAGUCAACGUCCAGGACCCUUUUGAGCUAUGGCACAACGUCACUUUGAAUGUGAAUGAGAAGACUGCCCAGAGACUGUCCGCAGAGUUUGGCAUCGCUGCCCGGCUCUGUCAGUCCGUGCUGAUGCAAAAAGGGAGAGGUGGCUCUGAGGGCAAUCCUUGGGGUCUCCUGGCAUUAUUCGACCUAGCCAACUAUUCCUCCUCCAAGUCUCAGCCCUUGUCUAACAUGGCAUCAGCCGGCAGCGGAACAUCUGCGUCAAGUGGAGCUACAAUUGAGAUCAACCUGAAAGCCUCACACCUCUCGGAGAGGUUGAUCGCAGAACACCCAGAUCCUGGCGACUUGAAAUUAGUUUGGUGUGUGGCUGUGAGAAAGCUGCUCUAUCGCGUUCUCACAGAAGCCUUGAGGUUUGAGUGUUGUUGGUCAAGCAGCCAAGAAAUGGCAAGUCCAUCCAAAUUGACUCAGACUAGUGAAGCAACAGGGCAACAGCACCUUGGUCCCUGUCAGACCACAGAUGAAAAGAUCCCAGAAUCAAGACUGCCCUGCCCAGCUGCUACCUCUGAAGAAGAUUCCAACAGGAACUUUGAUGAGCCACCUCCCAGGAAACGUUGUCGAGUAGCAGAUUGUCAGGAUGGUAGUCAGUCUUCAACAUUGUCAGAUGAUUGUUUGGAUGGAUCAAAGCAGGAGGUUUCAACAUCUACACAGAGUGCUUACCCAUGGAGCUCAGCAAUGGAGAUGUUAGAGUGCACGGCAUACCAUCAUGUCUGGCUUGGGCGACGCAAGGCCAGACGUCAGCUACAGUUGAAACGCAGAUCCACAGACGGUCACUGUAACCCUGACGGAAAGCAGUCGAUGCAGCCGGGAUCUUGUCAGCAAUUCACACACAUUUCACUGCCUGACUCUAGCAAGGUGUCUCCAAGGAAAGACGGAUCACGUGAUGUGCAAGUCGAUUCCCAAUCAGCCAGUGACAGUCUUCUCCUUGAGAGCCAGGUCACAGAUGUGAUCAUUACCGAGAGGCAGCAAGGAGACUGUGUGUCCCCGUCGCCUAUCUUAAAGUUUACCCUUGAACUCAGGGAUAACGUUACCUGUGGAAGUACGGCUGUGGUUAUGCGCUUCUUGCCAAAAAGUGGAGACACGGACUUCAAAAUGUUCCUGCAUUUCUUUGAUUCUUUCUUCCAAAAGAUUUUGGAUCAUUGUAAAAUUUAAAAAAAAAGAAUAAUUACCUUGGGUUUUUUUUUGAGGGAGGGUACUUUUUGAGUAUCGCUUUCAGUGACAUGUUAUAUCAGCAGCACACACUCAAAGGCACAGUUGCCAUUUCCUUUGGAAGCGUGGACUGUCAUUAUUUGAAAAGUAGGUUUUCUGUUAACCUGAUGUUGGCUUAGUUUGAUGACUUUCUACACAGACAUGCAGUUAUUGUUUUGACUAUUUGUUCCUCCUAUGUGUGGCAAUAGGAAAUGAACAGAGUCUUUGCAUGUUAGCCAUCUUGUAGAGCAGUUCUUUUGUUCAUCAGAGAAACCUCCUUUGAGCACUAGCCUACAAGAUGGCAGCUAUGCAAACCCUCCGUAACACAUACAAAUUCUUCAUAGCUUGGAAGUGGUUUAUGUUUCAAACUUAACCGUUGGUAGUGUCUCAUCAAGCUACCUGUCCACCUGUCCCGAGGACUGGCAAAAGCAUAUUUGGACUGGCGGUUAUUGCUCCUUCAAAAUUUACAAGCCUUUAUUUUUUUACUUAAAUCUUUAACACUGAUGAACAGCUCUUCACAUUCCUUCUGAAAUAAUGGUUGCAGUGGAAAUAUGGCCUUGGAUAGGGACUGGUCAGACAGGUUUUAAAUCAGCUGAGAAGAGACAGGUAGAAUUUUUAUUCCUUGAUGAAACAAUCAUGGUUGGAAGCUUGUUUUCUCAGGGCUUGGUCCAUAACCCUAAUUGCCAGCGUGGUGCUGCAGCCCUUUUCAAACACAUUUUUUAUGGCAUGAGUGUUAACUUAAAAGUACUUUUCAGUCAACCCAACCCAAACCAUGGCUUCCAAAUAAAUAUCCCUUUCACUUUUCAUCUUGAAUUUUUGUUUUCACUGUUUUGCACACAUCUUGAAGGUUCCCUACAUUAAUUUUUCUGUCAUUUAUUCCAAAGUUUGUCGAUCGAUGCUAACUCUUAGGAACAAAGUUACAUUUAUGUCUGUACAAAGUUAUGAACAUGUUGCACUGUUUUCAGACAAAAAGCAGGGUUUGAAAUCUCACACUCCACCAUCCAUGGGUAUAUAGAUGCCACAUACACAUGUACAUGCUGUGGUGUAUAUUAUUGAAAAGCUGUGCAAAUUGGGGGAAUUUGAAAUUGAUUGCUUGUUGCAAUUGUGCAUGUAGAUUGAGAGCACCGAGCUUGAGGUCUCUAGUUCAAGUCUAAUGUAUCAAGGCUAUUUUCACGGGGAUUUUUUCCUUGUUAGAGUUAUUUUUUUAUGAAUCAUACAAUUUUGGCUUUUAGAAAUUGCUUUAUUGAUUAAUAUGAAAUAAUUGACAAACAAAAACUGGAUGUAUCGGUGAUCAUUUUGUGAUUUUAUUUUUCACUUUGGUUUCCUUGCCAUGAACAAAAUGUUAACAUCUACAAUAUCGGAUGUAAUCGACUCUAAUUCAAGUUAAAGUACAUAAAAGGUUUUGGUGCCAUUGCAAAAUAGGUUUUCCGUUCGAAAGUACAUUUUUUAACAAAUGAUGAUAAACCCGUCAUUUAUUAUUAAAGUCCCUCGUUUAUACUCUAUAGAGAAAUGCACUGGUAAACCAUUGUCGUGUAUAAAGUACGGUAACAAACAUUUCACGUUCUCUAGUCGGAUUGCACACGUCAAAACAGACUUUUCUUAUUUUCCACCCAAAAUAAAAUAAAUAUUUUUCAUAAACUGUUACUAAA